AUGAAGCCAAUGAUAGCAGCGCCUGCAAUCGCCGCUCUGGUCUAUCGGGCAUAUUCUCGAAAGUCACUAACACCAGUUGGCAUACUGACAGCCUUUGCAACAGCGAUUAUACAUGCUGUGCAUCCGUGGAGCGUGUUCUUCGCGUUGUUGGCUGUUUUCUUUCUCGCUGGCACGGCUGUGACGAAGGUAAAACAUGACAUCAAAACUAAAUUGACUCAGUCGGCGGCCGGUGCAUCUGGUGGGGAAGGGUCGCGCAAUCAUGUUCAAGUUAUUGCGAACUCUGGUAUUGCCUCGGUGUUGAUACUGCUGCAUCUUUGGCAGGUGAAGAGGGAGGGCAGACAUGAUGAAGAGGGUCUGUGUUGGAAUAGAGGUACAGAUGUCUUGAUUGUGGGUGUUGUUGCUAAUUAUGCUGCCGUCGCUGCGGAUACCUUCUCAUCCGAACUCGGUAUAUUAUCCACCACGAAGCCACGUCUUAUAACCGCACCCUGGAGAGUCGUGCCGCCUGGUACAAAUGGUGGUGUCACAGUCACUGGCCUGGCUGCAGGCCUCCUCGGUUCCUUUAUCCUAUCGGCGACUUCGACAUUACUUUUACCCUUCUGCAAAGACUGGAACUUUGUCGAAAAGACUACUUAUACACUUGCACUGACGGCAGCUGGCUUCAGUGGAACCCUGUUGGAUUCCCUACUGGGUGCACUUUUCCAGGCCAGCGUGGUCGACAUUCAUUCUGGCAAAAUCGUAGAGGGAGAAGGAGGCAGGAAGGUGCUAGUGCACAGCAGUACACCAUUACAUCUGAGGAAAAGUGGUCAGAUACGCAGCAAGAUCAGCAGCUACCAGGAGGGCAAAGAGGGGAUUCCAAAAUCGAGUAGUGCUGAUGCUACGGUGUCGGUCCAGGCCGCAGAAACCAUGUUGAGGGCGGGGGGUAGCGGUAAAGGCGUGGCUGAUCCACAGCACGAAAGCAGAAGGGUAGAAGUGGGAAGUGAUGUUCUUGAUAACAAUGCUGUGAAUAUGCUUAUGGCUGGACUUGUUAGUCUAGGGGCGAUGUCGGUUGCCUGCGUGUUAUGGGAUGUGCCAUUCAAGAGUAUGUACUUUGUGUAUGUUGGCAGACUCCCACUUUUAAGAGUGCCAAGACAACUAGCGCGCGUCACCUCGCAGCCUAGGACACUCACCUCCGCAAACCAGAUACUCUUCGCCUCCGAGUGCCCUGGGCAGCGGAUCUCAUCACAAACGGUCACGAUAACCUUUGAGUCCACAUCGUCUUUUUCUACCAUUCGCCAUAGACUCUUUGGCCAACCGUUCUUCAAGAUGUCUCUCCGCUUCGUCCCCAACAAAGCGCACCCCACCCACACCGCUCUCGAGUCGUCAGCCCCCUCUGCGCCCGGCGUGCACGACGCUCUCCGCUCCCGCCUCGGGCAAACCUCGACAGUCAGCGCAUCCUCUUCGUCCGCACCGGUUGCUCUGCAGUCGUCGCACCCGCUUGAGGCCCGUCUGACACAAUGGCGCGACACACAAGACCGGUUGAAGAUGGAGAUGCUGAGGCGACAAUUCGGCAUCGCUGAGCCCGUCCGACGCGGUAUGGAGCUCAAGAUUGCGCAGGCGGGUGAGUGGCGGCCUGCGGCGCUGGGUGGAAGCAGUAGCGUGCACAAGGAUAUUCUGGAAGGAAGGGACUGUGAGAUUGGGUGGGAGGAUGUAUUCACGGGCAACGAGCUGCGCGAGGUUCCCGACUUCCACACUGAGAUUGAGCACAAGAUGAAGAUGAACUGGUAG